CAAAAGAGAGAUAACAGUCUCAUCUGAACAGACAUGGCCUCAGCCGGCUCCUCCCUGUCCAACAGUGAGUUUACCUGCUCCAUCUGUCUGGACUUCUUCAGAGAACCUGUCUCCACUCCCUGUGGACACAACUUCUGCCAGUCCUGCAUCACAAACUGCUGGAACAGCAGGGACAUCAGCCAGUGUCCGCUGUGCAUGACCAAAUUCCACAGGAGACCUGAGCUUCAAGUCAACACAGGAUUCAGAGAGGUGGUGGAGCAUUUCAAGAGGAUGAGAGCCCAGGGAAGUGAGGACAGUUUGGCCAAAGAAGAUGAGGUGGCCUGUGAUGCCUGCAUUGGGAUCAAAUUCAAGGCCGUGAAGUCCUGCCUCAUCUGUCUGGUUUCCCUCUGCCAAACUCAUCUGGUGGCACAUCAGAAAGACUUGGACUUGAAGAGGCACAAGCUGAUCAAGCCGAUGAGAAACCUGGAGGACCACACAUGCAAGGAGCACAACAACAUGGUGGAGUUUUUCUGCAGGAGAGACCAGACAUAUGUGUGUACCACGUGCUUAAGCGAUAACCACGCAACACAUGAAACUGUCCAUCUGGAGGAGGAGUGUGCAGAGAGGAAGGCUUGGCAAGGGACAAUGAAAAUACAAAUGGAUCAGAGGCUGUGCAGGAAACGCUUAAAGGUCCAGGAGAUUAAAGAUGCACGAGAGCAAGGUCAGAAGGACACACAGAGGGUGAAAGCAGACAUUGGAAGGGCCUUCUAUUCUCUGACGUCCUCCCUCGAGAGCUACAAGACCAAGCUGGUUGAGCUGCUGGAGGAGAAGCAGAGAGCGGCAGAGCGGCAGGCAGACGACGCCAUCAAACAUCUCCAUCUGGAGAUUGCCGAGCUCCAGAAGAGGAGCACCGAGCUGGAGGAGCUUUUUAAAACUGAGGAUCCCCUCCAGCUCCUCCAGAGCCCUUCACCCGUCUUCCCUCCAUCACACACCGAAGGCUGGCCCCCCAUCAGGCACCACAGCCUCCAGCAUGUGGAGACGGUAAAGAGUGCUGUGGCAAAGCUGGUGAAAAUGUUUAGGCUGGAGAUGGACAGGGUAAUUAAUGACGUCAGCCAGGGUGAUGAUUGGGAGGAGAUGGCUGCAAAACGGCGGAAAACCUGUAGCCGUAAGAUGGAAAAACCAUUGUUGGAAAACAUUCAGCGCAAAUACGCCGUUGAUGUAACUCUGGACCCUGAAACAGCACACCCCUGCCUUAUUGUGUCACAGGAUGGGAAACAAGUGAGGGAUGGAGGAGCAAAGAGGAAUCUCCCCGACAACCUGAAAAGGUUUGACUUUUUCCACUUCGUCCUCGGAAAGGAGGGGCUUUCCUCCGGCAGGAUCUACUAUGAAGUUAAGGUUACGGGGCAAGUGGGCUGGGAAAUCGGCCUGGUGAGAGAAUCCAUCUGCAGGAAAGGCGUCAAUGUCUCACUCAGCCCCAAAAAUGGCUGCUGGACAAUUGGACUGUACUGGGGAUGCUACCAGGCAAACACUAACCCGCCCGUCACCCUCACCUUGAUGCAGAUGCUGAGGAAAGUUGGUGUGUUUGUGGAUUAUGAAGGAGGGGAGGUCUCCUUUUAUGACGUGGAGAACAGAGCGGUGAUCUAUUCCUUUACCAGCUGCAGCUUCACCAAAAAAAUUCCACUUGAGAGAAGUCCUUUGCAGCCUUUACCCGUAAGCCCCAUAAAGAGCAGGAUCUACCCGUUUUUCCGACCGGGAACUAAGGAUCUGCAGAUCACUCCUGUCAGCUGCACAAGACGAGGCAAAGAAGCGGAUGUGAAAAAGUAA